AUGUACUUACGCAAAUGGAGUCCAGUAAAAUAUUUGAUGUACCUAUGGCUUGCAAUUCUGGUUUGGAUGUUCUCUCGGUGUGAUAGUGCCGCCACGAUGCACCUGGCACCGCCACCGUACCAUAGCAGCGGCUACCAGAGCACACCCGGUGGCCACUCCAGUAGCAUUAGCGGCAGCAGCAGCAUUAACAGCAUUAGCAGCAGUAGCAGUAGUGGUAGAUAUGUUAGUGAUAGCAGUAGAACAACACCUAGCAUUAGUAGUCGCGCACCCGCGGACGGUGCGCACCGGGUGGAAAGUUUGGCCGGCGGUGCGAUACCGCCCCGGUUAUAUGAUGCACUAACACACCCACUGCCACUACUGCCCCGGCCGAGCCGCGCCACCAGCAGCACCGGGAGUCAGUAUCCGGGCCGCAGUAAUCCGCAAGCGUCUGCAGUGCAGAGCCUUCGACGCAACAGUGCCAACACCAAAUUGAGCCAGAAGGAGCCACACUUGCCCGGCCGGCACUUACCAAACCAAUUGUACCAAAUGCUGGCGCCAGGCCGCACGGUUGCCGUUGCGAAUUCCGGUGCGACUGCUCCGUCCAAGGGAGAGUCAUCCACUGAUAGCAGUAGUAUUAUUGGUAGCUCAGACGCUACCGUAGCGGAACGUUCGUUGCAACAGCAAUGGGCUGCGGAGAUGCGUCUGAAAGGUGAGCGACGCCGAAUACACCGGAGGCGCUGGCGAAACAGCGGAAAUCCUCUAGCCAUUCGCAACCGGAGAGACUCGGCAAUACCAACCGGUGGGUACGGUAUGAGAUCGUCCACAGCCGUCAGCCAACGGCACACGGUAAGACCCCAGCGAAGAAAUGGUACCGGUGCGGGUGGUUCCGGUGGUCCCGGCACACGCCGGUACUGUUCCGCACGUGAUCCGGCGACGCUCGCAUUUGAGGCACCGAUGGUAUGCGAAGCGAAGGUAAAAUCGAUGAGCGAUCGGCGGCCCGCCUUUGCCGCUACCUUCGAGGUGCUGACGGUGUACAAGCUGCCACUGAAGGGUCACCUACAGCGGAGCCGUACCUUGCGGUUGCAGUUCAACCUGACCACCACGAACGAUUGCGACAUCUUUCGGGGGAAGUUCCGCGAGCGUGGCUUCGUGCGCGAGGAGCUUGAGCUGGGCAAGGUGUACUUCCUGUUUUUGAAACCAAGUACGGGCUACAUCAACUUCACCAUCCUCGGACAGCCGAUUCGCAAAACCAAACGAUCCGAGGCCGGAGUGCUGCAGGGCGUCGACCCUAAAUACGGUACCCGGCCGGCGAUCCUUUCCAUCACACCCAACGUGACACGCUCCGAGGGUAAACGGGUACGGUUGGUGUGCAAAGUCGACGGUCAGCCACCGCCGAAGGUAGCCUGGUUCAAAGAUAAGCGGCUGAUCAACCGGAACGCCACCAAGUACGGCCAAGUGCAUCUCAAGAAGCGGUCCGAGCUGACCAUCUUUAACGCCAGCACGUCGGAUGCUGGAGAGUACGAGUGUCGGGCUAAAAAUAGAUUUAGCAAUUCGUCCGUCUUCAACUCGACGCUCGUUACAAUUACCUUGCCAAAAUCGACCACUCCCGCGAGCCAAGUGCGGCCUUGCCCCGACAGCCAUCAGUACGACUUCUGCCAUAAUGGCGGCGUUUGCUACAACAUUUCCAGCAUCGGGGAGCUAUAUUGCAACUGCGUAACGGGAUUUUCCGGCCAUCGGUGCGAAAAUAAGGACAGCAACCCUCCGGCUUCGACGCACAAGCAGCGGGACUGUACAUCACAGCGAUACGCAGGACGCCUGUACACCGAAUGUAUGGACUUUUUCGUGAUGGAUUCCCCAGCACCGGCAAUGUACGAGUACGAUGAAGAGGAACAUUGA